AUAACUUUAAUUUCUCACCAGUCACCUCAAAAUAACUUUGACCGCUGGCAUUUCAGUCCUAAUAGUACUACAGUACGAGUUCAUCGAUCGAAUAUAAAUAGGUACAUUGAGCUCUUCAUGAAACUCACUACUAAGUUUUCACUUAAUUCACUUUGUUUUGUUCCACUAUCACAAACAUGGACUUAUUACCAAGUUCACCACUUUCUUACCUAGUUUACAUCUUCACUCUACUUGUACUUCUCAAAUUUCUCAUUCCAAAAAACAAAAUCAACAAAAAAAAUCACUCCAAACUUCCACCAGGUCCUUCACCACUUCCCAUAAUAGGAAACCUUCUAAAAUUAGGUAACAAACCACAUCAUUCCCUAGCAAAUCUUUCCAACGUUCAUGGCCCAAUUAUGACACUAAAAUUAGGCCAAGUAACAACCAUAGUAAUUUCUUCGGCAGACAUAGCAAAAGAAGUUCUACAAACACAUGACAUUUUAUUGUCAAACCGAACUGUACCGGAUGCGCUAUCCGUUCUCAAUCAUGACCAAUAUAGUUUGUCUUUUAUGCGCGUUUCUCCACGCUGGCGUGAUCUUAGAAAAAUUUGCAAUUAUCAGUUGUUUUCAACUAAAACACUCGACGGUAGCCAGGCGUUGAGGCGUAGGAAGUUACAAAAUCUUCUUGAUGAUAUUGAAAGGUGUAGUGAAACUCAGGAAGCUGUGGAUAUUGGAAAAGUUGCUUUCAAGACGACAAUUAAUUUGUUGUCGAAUACUUUUUUCUCGGCUGAUUUUGUUCAUUCAGCCGAGGAAGCUGGUGAGUAUAAGGAGAUUGUUGUGAGUAUAUUGAAGGAAGUUGGAGCGCCGAAUUUGUCGGAUUUUUUUCCUAGGUUGAAGUAUUUUGAUUUGCAGGGGAUUAGAAAGCGUUCAAUUGUUUCUGUUAAGAAGGUUUUGAAUAUUUUUAAGAGAUUUGUUGCGGAUAGGUUGAAGAUGAGAGAAGGUACUGGUUCUAUUGGAAAUGAUGAUGUGCUUGAUGCUUUGCUUAAUAUUUCUUUGGAUGAUGGGAAGAUUGAGAUGGAUAAAGAUGAGAUUGAACAUUUGUUGCUGAACAUUUUUGUUGCAGGAACAGACACAACAACAUACACACUAGAGUGGGCAAUGGCAGAGUUAAUGCACAAUCCAGAAAUCAUGUCAAAAGUAAAAAAAGAACUCGAACAAGCUGUUGGCAAAGGUAUUCCAGUACAAGAAACUGACAUAGCGAAUCUACCUUACAUGCAAGCAGUUAUAAAAGAGACAUUUCGUUUACAUCCAGCAGUUCCGUUAUUACUUCCUCGUAAAGCCGAAAUCGAUGUCCAAAUUGGUGACUACAUUAUUCCAAAAGAUGCACAAGUUUUGGUUAAUGCUUGGGUUAUUGGUAGAGACCCAAAUAAAUGGGAUAAUCCUAAUGUUUUUCUACCAGAGAGGUUUUUGGAUUCUGAAAUUGAUGUGAAAGGACAUCAUUUUGAGCUUAUUCCAUUUGGAUCUGGUAGAAGAAUUUGUCCUGGUUUACCUUUGGCUAUUAGAAUGUUGCCUUUGAUGUUGGGAUCUUUGCUUAAUUGUUUUAAUUGGAGACUUGAAGAUGGAUCGAAUGCUGGUGAUUUGAAUAAGGAAGAUGAAUAUGGGAUAACUUUGGAAAAAUCUCAACCGGUCAGAAUUGUUCCAAUCAAAGUGACUAAGUAAUGAUUUAGCAUAUAGAUUUUUUUUUUUUUUUGUUGAAAUGUAUUACUACGUAUGUUGUGUUACAUGAAAAAUAUUUUACUGUAUUGUUGCACCGUAAGAGAGGAUAUUAUCAUAUUAGUCAUGUAUGCACAUUUGUGUUGUUAUGAUAAAAUAAAGGAAAAUGCUAAAUAGUGUUUUUAGGCACUAGUUAAGCAUAUUAAUAAAGAAGUUUGAUUUUGAAA